AUGCUAGGAUCAAUUGCAUUAUUAUUUUUCUGCAUUUAAUUUGUUGCUGAAGGUAUACUAGAUCUCGUCUUUCCAUAAGAAAAUUUAUAAUUCUAAUUUUUGAAAUGGAUAGAUUGUGAAACCAAAGAGCAAGUGGAUGUAGAUGGAUAAUAAUAAGUAAGAUUACAGCAAGCUAAAGGGGUUUGUUUAGACCUGAAUAAUCAAUUACCAUUAGAUGAAGACAAUACUUAUAGUUAUACCUUCAUUUUUAAUAGACCCCUUAAUUAAGAUCAAUUAUACAUCUUUUUAGAUAAUAAGAUGUAUAAUUUGAGCAAAAUUGUAAAUAGUUAGCCUUUCGUUUAAAUAUAGCAAUAUCAUUUUUUAACUUGUAAGAAUUACCUUGAAGUUUGGUUGAAUUCUAAUGUUUCCAUAAAUUUAUUGUUUUUUUAUAUAACAAAAGUUCGAACACAUACAGUUGAUUAAGUUCAGUUGGCCGGAUAACCUCCUUAUAUUAAUAGUUAAGAUACAUUUUAUUAUGAUUUUCACUUAAGUUUACAAUAGGAAAUUAAAAAAGGUACUCUGCAUUUUUAAGCAACCGUGAGGAAAUCUUAAGAUUUUUAUUCUUUGUUUCAUUGGUUUAAAUUAUAUUUAAAUAAAGUUCUUUUGCCUUUGACCAUAUUAGAGUUAGAUUCUAACAAUAUUAUGAUAUAUGGAAGCUUUAUUUUAGCAAAUCAUUAUUAAAAUUUAAAUAAUUUGGAAUUUAUUAUCAAGAUUUAAUAUCAAAUACAAUAAUAUUAUCAUUGGUCAGAAGAUUAUAAGACUCUAGAAUUUGAAACAAUUACUUAGAUUGAUGAUACUUUUUCAUCUCUUCCUGACUAAGAUACAUUAACUAAAACAAAGUUUAAGCCUAGAAAUUAAAUUAGAAUACAAAUUGAAGUUUAAUAGACAAUUAAUACCACUUGUGCUUUAAUUACAGUAUCACCAAAAAGUUAUUAUUAAAGUAUCAAAAAUCUAAGUCUAAUGAAUGCAAAAAUUAAUUUGAAGAAUGAAGAAUAAGAAACCUUUUUUGAGUGCUAUUUCUAAGAAGUGAACAACGAUUAGAGUUGCUUAUAUUAUGAUAGUACAUUGUUUUAGUUUUAAGUAAAUUGGCCAUUUAAGAAUAAUGCUUAAUAUUAUUAUGAAUUGAGUGGAAUUUUAAAGAAGAGUAUUGACGAUGAUCCGUUUAUCUUUUUUUAGACAGAUAUUGAGCUAUUUCCAAUUAUCAAUAUUGAAGGAGAGACAAACAAAGGAAACUGGAUUGGAUAUCUUCUUUUAAUCUAUUUGAUUUUACCAAUGUUUAUCUUCUUAUUUUGUGUUCUUUGCAUAAUAUCAAUAAAAGCUUAUCAUCCAUACAUUAGGUAUAUAAUUGAAACAGAUGAGAUCUACUUUUAACCUUAAUCUAAAGAACAUAUAAUACAUUAUCAUACUACUUUAUAAUAAUAAUAUAGUGAGGAGGGUGUGGAGCUAAAUUUAAUCAUAUGA